AUGUGGCAGGCCCUGCAGGACCUCUACACUCUCUGCGUGCAAGAUUUCACCGUCCUGUACCUCCCGAAGUCCCGCCCCGUCGACGGUACCUGUCCCGUCAAGUGCUGCCAGCUUCGAAUGGACAGCCUGCCUAAACAGCAGCGUAAUCAACAUAUCCAAAAUUGUGUGCGUUGGGAGAUGGCACACCGCCUCGGCCGCCUCCAGUCAGACAUCCAUUACUGCUAUCAGUGUUUCGAGUGGGUCAUCGGAGAAAAGUGGGAGCCGCAUUGUCAAGAACACCUCGCAGCGCCGACAUCUAAGCGAUGUGGAACCGUCACCUACUGCCACACGUUGGUACGGCCGGGCUAUUGUCCAUUGUGUCCCGGUGAGCCCGGGUUGCUCGCGUCCCAGCAACUCAAACCCUGGUCCCGAGAUCAUAAAUUGUGGUGCCACAUCGAUGACAAGCACCUUGUAGAUCGCCGUUGGCCCCUGGUAUGUCGCCUGUGCGACGUACCCCUCAAAGACGCGGAGGCAUUUCAAAGUCAUUUCGCCGACGAACACGGGCUCAGCCGUACCCGUCCCGUGAAACCAGCCAUAUCGGCGGCCCUCGACUCGCACGAUGAGAAGAUGCCGCUCGACAAAGAGGCGCCGGGUGCCGGUCAAAGUCGCAAGCGCAAAUCCUCGACCGAUACUAAACCUUUCGAGUGGAUGCCGCCCCAGGCCUUCGACGGCGCAUCUACGUCUCCAGGGGAUCCAUCGCUACACCGUCCUCAAAAACGACCACGCUAUAGCCCCCCAGCUAUCCGCCCCUCGAUUUUGUCCGUAGAUGAGGACUACUCUCGUUCUCGGUCCGUCCACCACAACGCGGACUCGGUCAUGCUUGCUCCCUGUUAUACACCGAGCACCGAGGAUGACGAGCCAUGUACUGACCUCGAUUUUGAUCUAUUGCUAUCCCGUCGCACAACCCUCGGCGACGCGAUCGACCCCGUGCCGGGAGACAUUGAUGACGACAUCAUGUUUGAUCAGUAUUUACGCGUACCUUCGCCCUCGCCCUCGCCCUCGCCCUCGCCCUCGCCUUCCGCGCCAACUUCAGCGGAUGACGCUGCAAGUAAAUUGAGCGGCACAACGUUGGUUAAUACUGUACGCUACCAGCGUAGUGGCAGCGGAGAGCCGUCUAGAGAGUCAUCCGCGGAGCUCUCCAGACUGGAACUCCGAAUUCCAGAUCCGGGACACGCGCCAGAGAAAGGGGAGGCUGCAUAUCAAAAAGACAUUAACCAAUUGAAUGGCGGCACGCGUAUUCGAUUGCGAGUCAGUCAGCCAAGAAUCACGCUCCGCCUUAAACCGCCGGCUACGGCGAGGGGGAAGAAGGGUAUUGAAGACCGAGAAGGCAAGGAAGGGAAAGAGAUGAAGUCGAAGUGUAAGCACCACGCUGGCUGGUCCGCUCCCCAGGCGAUCGGAAUAUCUUAG